UAACUUCUUUGCUAGAACUUGCUGUUAUUCAAUAACUUCUUUGGCUGCUUCACACUCUUUGGUCAUUAAUAUCGAUCAUAUUUGAAUUUUUUGGUUUAUUUUAAUUUAAUUAGACGUUUUAUAUAAAAUAUCAAUUUUAAGAAAUACAUAUCAUUUGGUAAUUAUUAAAAGUUAAUGAAUAUCUCAAGGUAUGGCUACUAAUACUGAAGAAGCUAUUAUUUGGAAAGAGAAAGGCAAUGAAUGUGUCAAACAAGGCAAGUAUGAAGAGGCUGUUCUUCAUUAUGGCCGUGCGAUCAAAUUGGAUCCGAACAAUCCUACCCUCUAUAGUAACCGAUCAUUGGCUUUCCUAAAGCUUCAGCAGUAUUAUUAUGCAUACUCUGAUGCUAAUGAAACUAUUAAACUUAGACGAGACUGGGCUAAGGGUUAUUUUAGGAAAGGAGAGGUUGAAAUGAAUGUUGGCAAACCAUCAAUUGCGCUAUUAUCAUAUCAGUUAGCUCUCUAUUUGCAACCAGCUGAUCAGACAGUUAAAGAUGCGAUGGCAAGAGCUACUGCAGCCUGCGAGAAGGAAAAGAAAAAGGAUCAAAUCCCAUGGCUUUGUGCUGGUGUCGGAAUUAUUAUAGGAGUAGCCAUUGUGAUGGGAGAUCAGUUCCUUACACCUGAACCUUCAAUAUCACAUCCACUGUUGAUGGCACUGCUGACAAUAUCCGUUGCAUCAAUUGGAUAUCUGAUCGCAAGAGCUUGGAGGUUUUUCAGGAAGUGCCAGAUGCAUUCACUAUUGGAUCCUCCUUUGGACUUACUUGCCGAAAUGCAUAAGGAUGAUAAAAAAGAUGAGGAGCAAGAGCCAGAUAUACCUACAGAAAGAACACACACGAGAUUAACAAAAGCCCAAGCGAGAGCCAAAUUGAAAAGACAAAGGACAUAAAUGUGAUUAUAUUUCUAUAUAUUUAUAAAUUUUGUUGCUUUCUGUUUUAAAUAAAAAUAUUUACCAAAGUCAAA